UUUUAGGGGGGCGCGGGCCGGCCGGCGCCUCCGCGGCUCCACCUGCGAGGAGAGGGCGGGAUGCCAGAGCUGGGUGUCCCGGCGCCCUGAGGCUGCUCGCAGCUAGACGUCCCUGAGCCGGUGCUCGCCUUGACCCUGGACUACCUGGAGGCUUUGGCUGGGACGUGUUUCGUGGGGGCGCCCCUGGAGCAGCCGCGAUGGCCAGCACCAGGAGUAUCGAGCUGGAGCACUUUGAGGAACGGGACAAAAGGCCGCGGCCGGGGUCGCGGAGAGGGGCGCCCAGCUCCUCCGGGGGCAGCAGCAGCUCCGGCCCCAAGGGGAACGGGCUCAUCCCCAGCCCGGCGCACAGUGCCCACUGCAGCUUCUACCGUACGCGGACCCUGCAGGCCCUGAGCUCGGAGAAGAAAGCCAAGAAGGCGCGCUUCUACCGGAAUGGGGACCGCUACUUCAAGGGCCUGGUGUUUGCCAUCUCCGGCGACCGCUUCCGGUCCUUCGAUGCGCUGCUUAUGGAGCUCACCCGCUCCCUGUCGGACAACGUGAACCUGCCCCAGGGUGUCCGCACCAUCUACACCAUCGACGGCAGCCGGAAGGUCACCAGCCUGGACGAGCUGCUGGAAGGUGAGAGUUACGUGUGUGCGUCGAAUGAACCGUUUCGUAAAGUUGAUUACACCAAAAACAUUAAUCCAAACUGGUCUGUGAACAUCAAGGGAGGGACCACCCGAGCCUCGGCUGCUCCCUCCACAGUGAAGAGUGAAGUGAAGGAAAGUAAAGAUUUCAUCAAACCCAAAUUAGUGACUGUGAUUCGAAGUGGAGUGAAACCUAGAAAAGCUGUGCGGAUCCUUCUGAAUAAGAAGACUGCUCAUUCCUUCGAACAGGUCUUAACAGAUAUCACCGAAGCCAUUAAACUGGACUCAGGAGUGGUGAAGAGGCUCUGCACGCUGGACGGGAAGCAGGUUACUUGUCUGCAAGACUUUUUUGGUGAUGAUGAUGUUUUUAUUGCAUGUGGACCUGAAAAAUUCCGUUACGCCCAAGAUGACUUUGUCCUGGAUCACAGUGAAUGCCGUGUUUUGAAGUCAUCUUAUUCUCGCUCCUCAGCUGUUAAGUAUUCUGGAUCCAAGAGCCCUGGGCCUUCUCGACGCAGCAAAUCACCAGCUUCAGUAAAGAGGGGUGGCCACUACUCCAGGGCCUACUCUACAGCCAAAUCCCCAGUUAAUGGAACUCCCAGCAGCCAGCUUUCCACUCCUAAAUCUACGAAAUCCUCCAGUUCCUCUCCAACUAGCCCAGGAAGUUUCAGAGGAUUAAAGCAGACGUCUGCACGUGGCCGAUCUUCUUCCAAUGUAAAUGGCGGGCCUGAACUUGAUCGUUGCCUGAGUCCUGAAGGUGUGAAUGGAAACAGGUGCUCUGAAUCCUCAGGUCUUCUUGAGAAGUACAGAAUUGGGAAGGUUAUUGGUGAUGGCAAUUUUGCAGUAGUCAAAGAGUGCAUGGACAGGUCCACAGGAAAGGAGUUUGCCCUAAAGAUUAUAGACAAAGCCAAAUGUUGUGGAAAGGAGCAUCUGAUUGAGAAUGAAGUGUCGAUACUGCGCAGAGUGAAACAUCCAAAUAUCAUCAUGCUGGUUGAGGAGAUGGAAACAGCUACUGAGCUUUUUCUGGUGAUGGAAUUGGUCAAAGGUGGAGAUCUCUUUGAUGCAAUUACUUCUUCAACCAAGUACACUGAGAGAGAUGGCAGUGCCAUGGUGUACAACCUGGCCAACGCCCUCAGGUACCUCCACGCCCUCAGCAUUGUGCACAGAGACAUCAAGCCAGAGAACCUCUUGGUGUGUGAAUAUCCUGAUGGGACCAAGUCUUUGAAACUGGGAGACUUCGGGCUGGCCACUGUGGUAGAAGGCCCUUUAUACACAGUCUGUGGCACCCCGACUUACGUGGCCCCAGAAAUCAUUGCUGAAACCGGCUAUGGCCUGAAGGUGGACAUUUGGGCGGCUGGUGUGAUCACGUACAUACUGCUCUGUGGAUUCCCACCCUUCCGAAGUGAGAACAAUCUCCAGGAAGAUCUCUUCGACCAGAUCUUGGCCGGGAAGCUAGAGUUCCCGGCCCCCUACUGGGACAACAUCACGGACUCAGCCAAGGAAUUAAUCAGUCAAAUGCUUCAGGUAAACGUUGAAGCGCGGUGCACUGCGGGACAGAUCCUGAGUCACCCCUGGGUAUCAGACGAUGCCUCCCAGGAGAAUAAUAUGCAGGCUGAAGUAACAGGUAAACUCAAACAGCACUUUAAUAACGCGCUCCCCAAACAGAACAGCACCACCACCGGGGUCUCCGUUAUCAUGGUAAGUAGAACGCGUGGUUCUGCCCUUGGGCAGCUGCAGCGUCUGGCUGACUGCUCGGCGACAUCGAAUCUUAUCAAGUCAGCCGCCAGGCGCUUCCCUCACGCGGCCGUGGGCACUGUCGUGUUCCUCUCCACUUCAGGAAUGGCUUGGCACACGAAGGGCACCCUUUGGCCGGCUCCCAGGCCUUGGGUCCUGGGAUCAGAGGUUGCGCAGGUCCCAGCAAGGCCAAGCUGAUGGGUCGCUGGCAGGGGUGCCCCGGCCCCUUCUCCUGGGCUUGGUGGCCUCCAGGCAGCUGCUUCUGUCUCGUCUCUGCUUUCCCGU